UCUGCUCAGAAACGGGACGGGACGGCAAGAACAGAAAAAAAUGGCAGUGUGGAUUUGCCUUGGAGGACUUCGUUCAAACAGGAUGGCGCCCACCCAGUAGCGUCUCCAUCCUCUUGGGCAGUAGACGCUCCCUCUGGUCAUUAGGUGUAACCAUGAAGAUUCUAAUUGCAAUACUGGCAACUGCAAUGUUGGCUGGACCAAUCUACUCACAGAACUGGGAAGCCAUCAUGAAGCACAAGAGACAGAAUCCCCUGUUAGCUAUUCUUGGUGGAUUUAGUCGCAGAAUGGCCAAGGGGAACAACGGUGCUUUCCUCUUCCAGAAUAUUCAUCACGGAGGAGGACCUAAUAUCCAGGAUGUGCUGCAAGAAUCUAGCAACAACGACACCGUGCACCAGGAGGUCAUGCAGAAUCCCUCGCUAUAUACCGGAGGAAAUGGCGCUAAGGCCCUCCAGAGUCAACGAGUCCACCAGCAGGCUACCGGCCAUUACGUAGUGCAGAACGUGGUCCAGGGCCCUUCCAUCCAUAUUCCGAACUUCAAACUCCCAGACAUCCACGUCAACCACAAGAAGUGCAGCGAUUAAUGGGUGAUUCUUAGGCACACGGAAAACGACGAAAGUAAAGAAGAAGCGAUGGGCGAAGAUAGAUGAGGAUGAAGGACGGAUAGUUGUUUUGAAUAUUUCUGUUUUUAUCAUUUUUUUUUUUUUAUUUUAUGUUUACAGUUAUUGUUAUCUUUAUUACUAUUAUUAUUAUCAUUAUUAUUAUUAUUAUUAUCAUCAUUAUUGUCGUUAUUAUCAUUACUGUCUUUAUUAUUAUCAUUACUAUUAUUAGAAGUAGUAGUAUCAUUAUUAUUAGUAGGAUUAUCACUAUUACUAUUAUCAUUAUUAUUACAUUAUAUAUUUUACAUAUGUAACUUCAAUAUAUUAUUUUUUCUACUGCAACAA